AUGGUAAACACCCCAUCAUCCGAGCUGUGUCUGCUUCUUUCCCCAGUGUGUGGAGUCUCAACUCGUACCACGGGAGGUCGAAUAUACGGAGGGCAGAAGGCACAGCUCGGGGACUUCCCCUGGCAAGUGCUGGUACUAGGCCAGACCACGGCAGCGGGCGCGCUCCUGCGGGACAGCUGGAUCCUAACGGCGGCGCACGCGGUGUACGCGCAGAAGGAAGCGGCCUCCUCCUUGGACAUCAGACUGGGUACCCUGAAGAGACUGUCGCCUCAUUACACACAAGCCUGGGCUGAGGCCAUUUUUAUACAUGAAGGUUAUACUCAUGGCGCUGGCUUCGAUAACGACAUAGCACUGAUUAAACUGAAGAACAGAGUUGCAAUCAACAGCAACAUCCUGCCUAUCUGCUUGCCAGGAAAGGAGGCCGAAUCCUUCAUGAGGACAGAGGACGUUGGAACUGCAUCAGGAUGGGGGUUAACCCAGAGGGGUUUUCUUGCCAGAAAUCUAAUGUUUGUUGACAUACCAAUUGUCGACCGUCAGAAAUGCACCGCCGCGUACGAGAAGCUGGCCUUUCCGGGGGGGAGGGUGACAGAGAACAUGCUCUGCGCUGGCUUAGACGGCGGGGGCAAGGACAGCUGCAGAGGGGACAGUGGGGGGGCGCUAGUGUUUCUGGAUAAUGAGACACAGAGAUGGUUUGUGGGAGGAAUAGUGUCCUGGGGUUCCACCAAUUGUGGGGAAGCAAAUCAAUAUGGAGUCUACACCAAAGUUAUUAACUACAUUCCCUGGAUCAAGGACAUAAUUAGUAAUUUUUAAUUUGUAGGUCUUCAAC